GGGAUAUGUACCCUUUUGCUGUUUCAGUUACCGAACUUUCCAUUUAGCCAUUUCGAACUUCCGUAGAUUGUACUUCCAAUAAAACCCCUCUUUCGCACCCACCCUUGUGCACGCCAGUGGAGAGACACAUCCAGUGACAAUGAGCAAAAAAGAAAAAUUGGCAAAAAGAUUUCAAACACAAGUACCUACAUUCUUCAUUUUGAAGUUCGCACAACAGUCACAACAGCAGUGUCCAACUGGCAAAUUGUCGAUAAUAACAAAAGCCUGUUUGAUCGUUGCCAAUAUAAAUUUCCCUUGUUACCGACGUGCGCUCCUAGCAGCCCCACGAAGCGUGCUACUGCCAGUGUUCAGUGUUGGCCUAGACUUUGUCCCUGUGCAAUAAUAGUUCCCAACGACUUAAGGUUUGCUGACUGAUAUGUUUCGAUCCUGGUUGCAACGGAGCAGAGAUGAAGAUUGCCAAACUGCAGCGUCAAUGGGUCCUGCUGAACUCGCUGGUGUUCCUGCCCUGGAUUUCGUGUAACAGACUGGACAUCUAUAAUGACCAUCGUGAUGAGGAAUUCUCUGCGGUCACUCCUAGACGAGCGGUGUCCUUCCGCGAUGACGACGGUCAGCGGGGGGGUUUGUCCGGAGAUUACGACAGCACUGAAGUGGACUACAAUCCAUCGCCCAGUCGGGCACGGUUUGGCUUGAAUGCGCCAAAUCGAGACUUCUUUUUCGAUUACUCCCGUGAUAGGACAACCCGCCGCAGCAAUAGCCUCUCGCUGGCUCGAGACCGACAGCGGGACGCAUCAGCGGGAGGAGCAGAGUUUUCCUACAAGGACAAGGACAAGAAUGGCCCACCGAAUUGGGAGAAGAUUACGCCGCAAUGCGGCGGAAAGUUCCAGAGCCCGAUAAUGUUGAACACGAGCAGUGCUCUGUACGUGCGGAACAAGCGACCGCUGCAACUAGUUGGCCAAACCAACCUUCCUCAAUCGAUCAAACUCCAGAACGAUGGUCACUCGGCCAAAUUCACUUAUGUUUGGCGUAAUGGAGAACGACCAUACCUCCGGGGAGGUCCACUGAGGACCAAAUAUUACUUUGAACAGUUCCACUUCCACUGGGGCUCGAACACUUCUGUCGGAUCGGAACAUGUCCUGGACUCGCAGCGCUACCCCAUGGAACUUCACCUACUGUUCUUCAACUCUCUGUACUCAUCCUUCGAAGAUGCCCGCAGCGAAGUGGAUGGACUGGCUGUCAUGGGUCUAUUCUAUGAAAUGUACGAAAUUAGCGACGAACCGCUGAACACGUGGACCCGUUUCCUUAAGGAGGUCAUCACCCCGGAUACGGAAUUCAACAUUCAGUUCAUCGAUACGUUCCCGCUGUACGAUCUGAUCGGUGACGUCGACUGGCCGUACUUCUCGUACGAGGGAAGCCUGACGACGCCACCCUGCCUGGAAACGGUGACGUGGAUCGUUUCGGCGAAACCGUUGCUCAUCACACCGACGGAGCUCAAACGGUUCCGGAAGAUCAAGUCCAAGAGUGGCCCGAUGGUCAACAACUACCGGCCGGUGCAGAAGCUGUACAAUCGACGAGUCUAUCGCUACUGAUGCUGGAAGAGGUGAUUUUUCUUUCGAAGAGAGACACGAUUGCAUUUCAAAGAUGGAAACAAGAUGAUUUCAAUUGAUGUAAGUUUAGAUUAUAGUAGCGCAAGGUUCCAACCAAAGUAUUCGCUUCAGUGCGGUAGUUAUUAGUGAUGUUGCUGUAAGGUUAUCCUAUUUUCAAGGCAUGCGGAGAAAUGUCAGAAUGUUGAAGAUGUUCGAUGUGUUCCAUAUAGAAUGUUAUAAACCAGGUGGUUUUUCCAAAUACCAGGCUUGUUUGUGUCGAUCAGAUUUCAUUAUCUUAUCUUUACAGAUUCUUAUUUUAAUUUUCUAAUGACGUACGAACCUUUUUUUAAGUAGGAGGAAACUCUUUUUUUAA